AAGUUUACAGUUGAAAUGAACGGAAAGUUUUUGAGUAUAGAGCUUUGCGGUGGAACUGUUACGACCAUUAUUGGUGUUCUACGAAAUUGACGUAGAAUUUCGAUAGAAAAAUGGAUAACAAUUUGAACACUCGCCUAUUGAUUCCGUUAUUCGAAUAUCUUAAAACCGAUCCGGUUAUUGUAAAUUAUAAAAUAUUUUCACGGUCAUGUGCCGAGAUUAUUUUCGUUCUGUCGUUUUUGAUAACCAAUGUGUGCGUUAUGAGAGGCUUCUUUGCCACCUUGUGGAACACCAAUGAAGUAAAUACCAAAUUUUACGACAGUAUGAAACGAAUACUGAAAGAAGAGAUUGACAACUAUGAAGACUGUGAGGAAGACGAGUCGAAUCAAUUGGACGAGAACGGAAAUGACCUGGAGACAGCAGACUUAUCUGUUGAUGAAACUAUUGUAACUGAUGGGCAGAAUGAGACUUGAAGGCUGAUUGAUACCGCAAAGUGUAAAAAAUAAUAAAUAACGCAUUAGUUCUACUUUAGUUUGUUAAGUUUUUAAGUUAAGUUUCGAUAAUA